AUGAAAAUAAUUGAAUCCCCAAAGAAGACAAGACAGGAAGUGUGGCGAGAAGCAUCGGCAAUCACUGGAAUUGGAGACCACUGGGGAAUCCCUCUUCUGUUUGGACCUGUUUGGUGUUUCCACAGAUCGGGCACCAUUUUAUCUCGUUCUCCAGUUCCACGCUUCGCGUAGUGAAAGCGUAACACUUUUUAAGGCCGCUUCGGAAAAAGUUAUUCAAGAUGUUGCCAUGUGCGCAAAUAUCUUAAAGCAAGUAUGCGAAAUACUAAUGUUCAUCCUUGAAAGAGGUUUCUUGCACAACGAUCUGAAGAGCAAUAAUGUUGUCAUUGACGGAUCGCAAAACAAGCUCGUAAUUAUCGAUUUUGGAAAAAGCUGCAAGAUUGUUAAAGCCAGCUUACGCACCCAAGGUGAACAUUGA